UUAACAAUGCAAACACAUUCUUUCGAACUCUUUCCUGAUCGUGGGUUAAUUCACAUUUUCUUAUUUAGUGAAGUAAAAAAUUCAUCCGAAUUAAGAAAACGGUUAUUAUCUCACGAUACGGAGUUAUCUUAUGCUUUCAUUAAUGCUCGAAUCAAUGAAGCAUUAAGAAGGUUUGGAAUUUCCGAUGAUUCAACUAACAUUAUUGUUGUUAAAGUUGGAGGAGAAGCUAAUGAG